ACUCCCCCAACCUCCACCAUUCCUCAGCAGAACUACCUGAUGACACAGCGGAGCAAGUUCCUUGUAAACAAUCUAGGUUUCUAUUAAACGUAGAGGGGGACAGGUGACUUGCGUGUUUGUGCGGCUCUUUUAAAUCUGAAGAUUAGGGUGAGUGGCUUCUGGGGAAGUGUCAUCUUUCCUUUCUCCCCUCACACUCUUGAGAGCUGGACCACUGAAGGUGUACCUCAUGGGUUCAGAUGAGGCCUACAACUUUGUCUUUAAGGUGGUUCUCAUAGGUGAGUCUGGCGUUGGCAAGAGCAACCUGCUCUCCCGCUUCACCAAGAACGAGUUCAACCACGACAGCCGCACCACCAUCGGGGUGGAGUUCAGCACACGCACAAUUCAACUGAAAAGUCUCAUAAUCAAGGCUCAAAUCUGGGACACGGCUGGGCUGGAGCGGUACAGGGCCAUCACCUCUGCUUAUUAUAGAGGAGCUGUCGGAGCGCUAUUGGUCUAUGACAUCACCAAGCAUCUGACCUAUGAGAGUGUGGAGCGCUGGCUUAAGGAGCUAUAUGACCAUGCAGACCCUCACAUCGUAGUCAUGCUGGUGGGCAACAAAACUGAUCUGGGGUCAGAGCGAUCAGUGCCCACUGAGGAUGCCAAGGACUUUGCAGAAAAGAAUGGCCUAUUGUUCUUAGAGACAUCAGCCUUGGAGUCCACAAACGUUGAGACUGCAUUCCAAAAUGUCCUUGGAGAGAUUCACAGGAAGGUGAGCAGUAAAGAGGUGACCCGGGGGUCCAUUAGUGCCGUGUCUCUGGCCAGCCCCGUCCCCAGAGCUGCAGGCGACCCUGAAGAGAAGAAGCCCUGCUGUAGGAACCUCUGAUGGGACAAACCACCCCCUCAUGUGGAAUAGAGCACUCCAUCUUCCUCUAGUUAGUGUGCCCAAAGGGUGCAAGCCUGAUUGAAAAGAAUGAUGCUGAGCAAGACCACUCUGAUGUGACAUAGUUACAUGUUGGCAGACAGAAUGAGUUUUCCAUUCCUAAAGAUUAUGUAAUGUGUAUGUACAUGGCUGGGGGUACAUUUCCCCCCCAAAGAAUCCAGCAAUCAUUUGAAUAUAAAAAUAUAUCAAACAGCAUUUUUGUGUAAACUUCUAAGAUUCAACGUUGCUUAGGAUGAUUUUAUUUUUAAAGGUAGUCAACUGAUGUACAGAAUAUUUGCAUUUUUAGUGACUGUGAGGUUGGACAACAUGUGCCAAAACCAUGUUUUUACACAAAGCUUGAUUAAUUAAAUUUGCUGUCACUGUU